AUGCGAGCUCUGGUUUUCGUCGCCCUGUGCGCCUCCUUGGCAGUCGGUGACCCUCAGUGUGAUUUAUCUUCCGCGCUUGAAAAAUUUGAUUGCUUCCCGCAAGAUUCAUCUAACGAAGAAGAAUGCAUCGAGAGGGGCUGCUGCUGGAGAGAUACCAAUGAAUUCAAUGGUGAGCCUCGUAAAUUUCCCCCGUUGAGCGAGCCCUUCUGUUACUAUCCCCGGAACUACCAGGGAUACAAAGUCCUCAAUCAAACCUCUACAGAAGGAGGUCUCGUCGUCUACCUUGAGCGCGUGUUUCCAUCCCUCGUGGAUGUAGACAUCAGCUUGAUUCGGGUCGAGGUCAUUCACCAAAGCGAUGAAAUACUGCGGAUCCGCUUCGUCGAUCCCCUUAGCCGAAGAUGGGAGCCACCUCUGCCGGCGCCUCCUCCGCCGAAGGAGAACGUCAUCCCGAAGUAUGUCGUGAGAAUCACAGAUGACACACGUUUGGAGGUGACUCGCUUCAUUGAAUACCACGGAGGGAACAAACUCAUUGAUCUGGAUUUGGCGUCUCUUGUUUACACCGAUCAUUUCCUACAAAUCUCGAGCAGACUGCCUUCCAAUGUGGUUUACGGACUGGGCGAGCACAAGGGUUCGCUGAGGAGGAGCACCAACUUCUCGAGAUUUACGUUUUACAACGAGGAUCGAGCUCCAGAAUACAAUGCUCGGUUGUACGGCACACAUCCGUUUUAUAUCAAUAUCGAGCCAGACGGUCAGGCGAAUGGAAUGUGGCUCCUCAAUUCUAAUGCCAUGGACAUCAUUCUCCAGCCUACACCUGCUAUCACGUACCGACCUGUGGGGGGCAUUCUAGACUUCUUCCUGUUCGUGGGACCUUCUCCCGCGAAUGUCGUCGAGCAGUACCAGCAGAUGAUCGGGAAGCCGAAAAUGAUUCCUUAUUGGUCUCUCGGCUUCCACCUCUGUCGCUUCGGCUACAAGGGCGUCGAUCAUACACGGCAAAUCCUACGGAGUAAUCUGGACGCGGGCGUCCGCAUCGAUGUUCAAUGGAACGACAUCGAUUAUAUGGAGGAUCGCAACGACUUCACUCUUGACAAAACCCACUACAAAGAUCUCGGCAGCUUCGUGGACGAGCUCCACAGGGACGGACGGCAUUACGUUCUUAUCAUAGAUCCUGCGGUCAGCGGGAGCGAGGAACCGGGAGCUUACCCGCCAUACGACCGUGGACUUGACUAUGACGUUUUCGUGAAAGACGCAAAAGGUCAGGUUGUUCGCGGCAAAGUUUGGAACCGUAAAUCAAGCGUCUUCCCAGAUUUCACCCACCCGAAUUCGACCGCAUACUGGACCGAAAUGAUCAGCAAUUUCCAUGAAGAGGUUGCGAUUGAUGGUGCCUGGAUAGAUAUGAAUGAGCCUUCAAACAUGAUCGAUGGCCACAUGGAUGAAGGAUGUCCUUCUGAUUUUGAGAUCGUGUAUACUCCUGGGGACGAGCCUCUGAAAACUAAGACGUUGUGCAUGAGCGAUCGCCAUUACUGGUCCGAGCAUUACAAUGUCCACAACAUGUACGGCUUCACAGAAGCCAUUGCGACGUACCACGCCCUGGCAGCAGCGCGUCCGCGCAAACGACCUUUCAUUAUAUCGCGAUCGAGUUUCUCAGGUCACGGCUUCUAUGCCGGUCAUUGGACUGGGGACGUCUUUUCAACAUGGACUGAUCUGAAAGAUUCCGUGCCCGGAUUCCUAGAAUUUUCCUUUUACGGUAUUCCGAUGGUCGGGGUCGACAUUUGCGGUUUCAACGGGAACACGACGGUCGACUUGUGUGCUCGUUGGCAUGCGCUCGGGGCUUUUUACCCGUUCUCGAGGAACCACAAUACUGACGACGCCCUUGCUCAGGACCCCGCUUCACUCGGCGAAAAAGUAGUAACAGUCACCAAGAACGCCUACUACUGGCGCUAUAAACUCCUCCCACACCUAUAUACGCUGUUCUAUCGGGCUCACGUAGACGGCGACACUGUAGCUCGACCCCUUUUCUUCGAGUAUCCUAGAGAUUCGAAUACCUAUGAUAUCGAUGAGCAAUUUCUCUGGGGCGACUCGCUGAUGGUAGUUCCAGCGUUGCACGAAAACCAAAAAACCAUCAACGCUUAUUUCCCCCGAGGGAUUUGGUACGACCUUCAAAACAGAACCGCCACCGUCGACGCUCCUCUCCAGGGGAAAUACAUCACUAUUCCCGCUUAUGAGGAUACCAUAAACUUCUUUAUGAGAGGAGGCCGGGCAGUCUUCUACCAAGAGCCUGGGGACACUACCACGGAUUCUCGCGAGAAACCAUAUGGACUCUACAUCUUCUUGAGCCACGAGUCAUAUGCCAUGGGAGAACUUUACAUAGACGAUGGGGAGAGCAUAGACGCGGUCGAAAAUCGCGAAAACAGCUUGAUCACGGUACUCGCGAACGACCGAGAGAUCCUUCUCGGCAACGAGAGUCGAAAGCCCAUCGAUAAUCAACUAGACCGGAUUCACUUCUAUGGGGUGACUGCGAAACCAACGGGCAUGACGGUGAACUAUCAGCCUUUCACAGACUUCCAGUACGAUGCGUCACGCCAGAUACUCACGAUCUACAAUAUGGACGCUGCGCUGACAUUCAUCACUAUCACCAUCACUUAUCCGUGAGAAGUUGUCGAAGCUCCGGAUUCUAUCGCAUGCGUGGGCACACAGUUGGUAUUUAGCGGGAUUCUACCUCAGUAGAGCAGAUCCAGCGCUGAGACGUUGUGAAUAAAAUGUGUUUCAAGUAUUUUAUCAAUAAAGCAAUUCCUC